AUGCUUCUUCCUAUUAAUUAUCCACAACUUCAUUCGUUGUCCCUUGUCAAUUUUAAACAAAAAAUACUUUUACAAUAUUUGACUGGUGAUACAAUAGUUUGUAGUCUUCUUACUAAUCAAAUUAAACAUCUUGAUGUUGAAAUCAAAGAUGAUAUAACAAGAGAAUUCUCUGAUGAAAAUGAAUCAAAUAUGUUUGAAUUAAUAUUAUCUUUGGGUAAAUGUCUAGUCAAUUUAACUUUUAGUGAAUGGUUUUCUGGUAAAAGCCUACACAUAUCGACUUUAAAUAUAACAUCAACUGGUUGUGUAUCUUCAAGUCUAACUAAAUUGAAAAUUGAAGUAAAUACCUUUGAUGAUUGUCUUUAUCUGCUUGAUGGACGUCUUCAAUGUUUAUCUACAUUGAUUAUCAAGAUAUUUGAAAUUUGUUAUUCAUUAGCAAAUAUAGAUAAUAAAAAAACAUUACCAAAAUUGAAAUGUUUUUCGUUAACAUCGGAAUGUUAUACGCAAUUUUAUAACGAUGGAAUUGUUUUAUUAUUACGUCGAAUGUUAAAUCUUGAGGAAUUAACAUUAUUUCUUUUGGUAUCCAAAAUCGAAUCAACUUAUAUUGAUGGUAUUCAAUUAUACGAUGAAAUUCUUAUUUUCAUGCGACGAUUAAAUAAAUUGACUUUCAGUAUAAAUACUCUUGUUUUCAAUAGAUAUAUUACAGUUGAUCUUCCAUCAAACGAUGAUAUUCAAAAUAGUUUCAUCAAAAGAAGAUAUCAACCAGUUGGUUCAUAUGCUGAUGAAAAACUUACGGACUACGCAGGCAGAUGCCAUGUUUAUUCACUCCCAUAUCAAUUUGAUUGUUUUUAUCAUCUGACCAACUGUUUUCAAGGUGGUAUUUUCAAUAAAGUUCGAUGGUUAGCAAUGGCCGAUCAACAUCCAUUUGAACAUGAAUUAUUUGAAAAAAUUUCUCACGAUUUCCCUUUUCUUCAGAAAUUAGUCGUGCUCAAUUCUAAACCACAAAAAAAUAAGCAACAUGCAUCUACGUUGAUUACAUUUGUUCAUCUAGUUGAACUCAAUCUUCGUCUGGCACAUACUAAUUAUGUCGAACAAUUUCUCUUGGAAACAAAGACUUGUUUACCUCAUUUGAAAAAUCUCGUCAUUGAAUAUGAAUCAUUAGCAAUGAUAACAAAUAAUUUUACUAAUGAUGCUACACAUCGUAAUUGUAGUCAAUUGCGAAGAAUUGAUAUAGAUAAACCAUUUAUUUGUCCAGAAAAUUUUCAUUCAUAUUUUCCUUUAUUGUAA